AGCACCUUGUUGUGAAAAGAAUGGGGUUAAGAAAGGUCCUUGGUCCCCUGAAGAAGACCAUAAACUCACUCACUUCAUCCUCAAACAUGGCCAUCCUAACUGGAGGUCCCUCCCCAAGGCCGCCGGGUUGGAUAGGUGUGGAAAGAGUUGUCGCUUGCGUUGGACGAACUAUUUGAGACCAGACGUUAAGAGAGGAAGGUUUUCGUUCGAAGAAGAGGAGACAAUCAUCCAACUCCACCGCGUGUUGGGAAACAAGUGGUCAGCAAUAGCUGCGAGGCUGCCGGGGAGAACAGACAACGAGAUAAAGAAUUAUUGGAACACUCACAUAAGAAAGAGACUGUUGAGGAUGGGAAUCGAUCCCGCGACCCAUGCCCCAACGCUCCAUCUUCUUCAUCAACUCUCCUCUCUUCUCGCCACUUCAAAUAAUCCUCAGUUUCUCUUCAACUUCGCCACUUCCCUGCAUCAACAGGGCCUGGAUUUGGGCCCACGAAAUCCAGUUCUUGGGCCAGAUGUCAGCAGUAGCCCAAGCCAAAGCCCGGUCCAGCCCAAUACCGACGCCUUCGCGUUUGGACGGUUUUGCGCCCAGCCCAAUGAAUGGGAAACUGAAGGAGAAGGCUAUUUCACUCCGCCGCCUCUUGCCGGAGACUACGGUGGCUACUGCCAACCCUUCUCCGCCGAUCCUCGUCAGCUGCUCGAUGCCUCCGCACUCUAUUCAAACGACGUCGUCUUUGGCGAUUCCGGCUUCCGCCCUGCAGUCUCGUUUUCCGACAUGUCGACGCCGUCGUCGUCGAGUAGCGCCGCUGCAUUGACGGCGGAUGAUGAGAUCAGGGACAUGCUGAACUUGGAUGGAUACCCAAGUCUUGUGGGAGUUGAUGAAUUAUUCAUGUAAUUAUGCUAAUAACUAAAUACGGAGUAAGAAUAUAUGUGUACCCAAAUGGUCUUUACAAUCAUAACACUGGCAUAAAAGAUAAGGAACACCUAGUAUUCUCUCCGUCCCAGAGUAUUUGUUCACUUUCAUUUUUACACAUCAUUCAAUGCACUUCUUUAAUCCAUUUUAUCUUGUAAUUUGUAUAUUAAAAAAUUAGAGAAAUUAUAUAUUAAUAAUCAAUAUGUUAAGACAAA